UGAUACGAAAUGGGCUAGCUUGGUUUUAGUUAAUCGGGCCUUGGAUCAUAAAAUCAUAUUAUGUUAAUUAUAAAAUAUAAUUUAUUUUGUGAAAAAUUGGAUAAAUAUUCGGAACUGAAUCAUCAGAAUUUCCAGGAAUUAUAUAUACAAUUCCGAUUCGGUUCCAAACAAGGUCGGAGAAAUCGGGAUUCAGAACUUCAAAAAUCAGAAUGAAAAAAAUGGUUCCAAAUUCAUUUUUUUCUGGAUCGAAAUCGUCCGAAUUUUUGGGGGAAAGAAACGUAGUUGCUUAAUCAGCGCCACCCUUCAGUUUCAAACCUAAAAGAUUCUCAUUUUCCAUCAAGGUUCUUCUCCGAAAUGGAGAUAACAAAUCAGUACACCAGACGGCGCCGGAAUCUCUCGCCGGACAGGCUUACCGAUUUGCCGGACGCAGUCCUGUGUCACAUUCUCUCUUUUCUCCCGACCAAAUUCUCCGUCAGAACCAGCAUUCUAGGUCAAAGAUGGAGGUAUCUCUGGUCUUUUCUCCCCAAUUUAGUUUUUGACUGCAAAGAACAACACACCGCCAUAGAUAGGGUUUUACUGCUACACAAACUGCAAAAAAUUGAUACUUUUCGCUUAGCUGAUGGAAUUGAAUGCUGCGGCAAUCAAAUUGAGGCAUGGGUUACCUUUGCAGUUGACCGCAAUGUGCAAAGUCUCGAUUUUUAUUGCCGUCCGUAUGACACUGCUCUGCUUCGUCGCAUCUUCACCUGCAAAACCCUAGUCGAUUUGAGGCUCGAUUCCUGCGGUGUCGUCCCUAAUAUAGGCGGUGGUGUCGUGUGUUUGCCUCGCCUUAAGAAGCUUUGUCUAAUCAAUGUCCAUUACGAGGGCGACGAAUCCCUCCCGCACCUUCUCUCCGGCUGCCCGGUGCUCGAGGAGUUGGAAAUCUAUUUAUUCAUCCAUUCUUGUCAUUGUAAAAUAUCUUCACCCACAAUCAAAAGGCUCGUGAUCAAUCUUCGUUUUGAUGGUAAGGCAUUUAAGUACCUAGAGAACAAAAAUAACAGGGUGGAGAUAAAUACCCCUGCCCUUGUUUAUCUCCGGUUGGUUGAUUGCGCGGUCCAAUAUCUCAAAUGUGGGGCGCUAACCGUCUUAACUGAAGCGAAUAUCGAUAUUCGCAAUAAUCGCCACCCGGAAGACUAUGUUCUUUACUCUCGAUCUGUGGUGGAGUUUAUUGAUAAGCUCCACAACGUCAGCUGUCUAAAAUUGAAUUUAUCACGUUGUGUGAUUACUGACACGGUAUUCUCUACCUGGAAGAUUAAAAGUUUUCGUAACUUAACCAAACUCGAAUUGAUUGCAAAUUCGUGUUUUCUCCCGAAGAUUCUUGCAAACGCCGAUCAUCUUGAAAUCCUUAUUCUUUAUGAGGCUGUCGAAAUAAUAAAAGGCUGGACGGAACCCCAACAAGUGCCAACAUGCCUAUUAUCACAUCUUAGAACUGUAACGCUUGUCCACUUCGAAGGUCGGCACAUGUUUAAGAUUAUGAGAUACCUUUUGAGGAAUGCUAAAGUCUUGGAGAUGAUGGAGAUAGUAUAUCCGAAAAUCUUUGAUUCCAAGGACAAGAUUUAUACGCACGACGAAAUCUCGCGGUUUGAACGAGGAUCCAAGGCAUGUAAACUUGCUUUUAUUUCUAAAUGGUAAGGGGCUCUGCAAAAUCAUGAGUUGUUAAAGUCUACUGAUGUUUAUAUUAAGUAAACUCUGUUACGAUAGCAAGGCUGAUGAGUCUCUCUUCGUUGAGUCGAGGAGUUGGUAAGCUGAGAAUUAAUGGAUCUCAAUCUUGUUUCUUUUACCAUCUCUGAGAUAUGUUUACUUGUAUUUGUUGAUCUUCGUGCAAUUAAUGGCUCUGUCGUGAAGGUACUGAAUGAGCUUGGUACGAUUGUGGCUAAUCUUCUCGUGAAAAUUGCAAUUAGCUUGAUUUUUUUGUUGCGUCUUGCCAAUAGUAUGUGUACUACAGUCUAUUGUAGGUUGUAACUGCUUCAGACGAACAAAAAUGUAUUGAACCUCGUAUAUUAUGGCUGCCUUAUGAAUGUUUUUGUGAAGGGA